AUGAUGGCUUCCAACAACAGAACUUCCACCUAUACGCAGGUCUCGGCAUCUAGUGACCAUGAUAGACCGAAGAGCGCAGGGGAGAAGAACCUAUGGGCGUCCCUGUUAGAUAGUGUGGCCAGUGGAAAGCGGUUGCCAGAGAAGAAUAUCCUCGUUUUAGGGGGCACGACAGAGUCGCAAAAGGAGUUUCUAGAAGCUCUUUCUACGGAUAAUACCAGAAGGACACAGGAUCGGCAGAGCAGUAAACAGCCCCCGAUAGCGAAUAACUUUGCCCUUGGAUACACAUACCACGACGUUCUAGAUGCGGAUCACGAAGAUAUCCUUGCUCGUCUCUCCGUAUAUCUUCUCUCGGACCCCUCGCCAUCCUUCACACCUCUGCUGCAACCCCUAUUAACACCGCAAACGAUCCCCAAUACUCUUAUUGUGGUGCUGCUGGACUGGGCGCAACCAUGGUUCUGGCUCAGGCAAUUACGGGAUUGGAUACGGCUGCUACGGACACUGCUGGUUUCGCUGGAUGGAGAAUGCAAGGAGAAAAUGGAAGAAGUCAUGAUCAGUUGGCGAGAUAGGGGUAGAGGUGGAAAUAGUCUCGAUGGGGGGGUGGUCACUAGUUCCACAGAUGGGGAGAUUAGUCUACCUCUGGGACCUGGAGAGUGGGAAGAAGCUCUGGGGCUCCCACUUUGCGUCGUGUGUCAAAAUUCUGACCAGAUUGAAACCCUGGAAAAGGAACGGUCCUGGAGAGAGGAAGAAUUUGACUUUGUCUUGCAAUUUCUGAGGACGGUCUUGCUGAAGCAUGGCGCAUCUCUCAUAUACACAGCACCAUCUGUCACAAGCCCUUUGCAGAGCCUCGUACAUUCAUCUCUUGGGAUUCAUUCUCUUUUGAAACGACAGCCUCUCAAGCACAACGUGAUUGACCGUGACAAGGUGCUUGUACCGCCAAACUGGGAUUCUUGGGGUAAAAUCAGGGUCUUGCGUGACGGUUUCGACGUUGAAGCUGUCAACAAGGGUUGGUCUCUGGAUAUCGAGGAAUCAUAUAAUCUGGUGGUCCAGAACGGCACCAAUGGUGUGAAUAGUCACUCGAGUCCGGAUGAAGAGACCCCACCACUCCCUGGGGCUGCGGUAGAGGCAUACCAAGAAACGAUUCGCGACCCAAGCCUGGACGCGCUUCAAGCAACAGCUUCCGAAGGCAAUGGGCUCAAGUUAGAGGUCUCGAGCCAAGAUGCCCAGACGUUCUUAGCCACCCAAGUGGAAGUCCUGGAUAAGAUCAGACAAGGAGCCGAACCUAGCUCCAUGGACAGCAGCCGCGUGGUUCGUGGCCGGCAAUCUUCUCAGUCUAAGGCCGAAGAAGGCGAGGAAGAGCACUAUGAUGAGGGCCGUGUCAAUGAGCAUAUCGGUCCCGUACAGUUCAACAUGGGUGGUAUCCAGGUAGAUGCGGAUGACAUGCUACAACGGCUAAGAGACCGUCAAACCUACCAAACACCAGAGCCCGCGUCACCAGGCAAUGUGGCUACCCCGGAUGGAAAGAACCAGAAUGAAGCCCUUGCAUCAUUCUUUGCAGGGCUUAUGAAGAGGGGCGGUGGCAGCGCGGCCAACAGUCCAAAACCUGGAGCUUCAUAG